UCAUUUUUGUAUGGUAUUAGCGCGCUUCGUUGAGCCUUCCACAGGAUAUAAGAUCUUGUGGAAGCCUCAACCCUUGGACGACUAAUUAGAUCCUACAUCUUCACACAGCGCUACUUUCACCCGGGCAACUCAUUACGCAAGCGAACAUGGCAACAGAGUGUCAACCAUGCGUGCUGCUUACUGGUGCUACAGGCUUCUUAGGAAAAGUGGUUCUCGAAGAACUGUGUCGCCAAAAGAACCAAGGCACUCUUCCUACCCACAAGAUCCUACUGUUGAUUCGCAGCAAGGCUGGCACGACUAUACAGCAGCGAUUUGAUCAUAUGACUCAAUCUCUCUGCUUCUCUCUACUGGAUGAGAGAUGGACUGGAAACAUACACUUGGUCGAGGGGGAUCUCCAGGCUCCACGUUGUGGCUUGCCACUGGACAGCUAUCUAGCAAUCUGCAGUCAAGUCACGCACAUCAUUCACUGCGCGGCCUCAGUAGAUUUCGACAUGCCUCUUGCCAAAGCAGCAAGCGCCAAUAUCGACAGCUGUCUCAACAUACUCAACCUGGCCCAGAACUGUCCCCAUCUUCAGCAGAUGGUUACCACGUCCACGGCGUAUGUCACACCACAUACCGCCUCUCCAAUCAAACCAGAACUGACUCCAUUGCCCGAGUCAGCGGAGUCACUAUACAGAGCGAUCCAGAGCAAUACCGUCGACGAAAAGAAGCUGUUGGAGUCAUGUCGCCAACCCAAUACAUACACUCUGACCAAAUGCAUAGCCGAGAAUUUGAUCUCAUCUCGAAAGGCGGGCUCCUUGCCCGUAACGAUCGUUCGACCGAGCAUCAUCUCCGCGGCAUGGAGAUAUCCCUUCACAGGCUGGCUCGAUAGUCGCGCAGCCGUUGGCGGAUUCGUGGGUCUUUUGGGAGCAGGAUACCUGCAUGUCUCGGACGGGAGAAAGGACACAAGACUUGACAUCGUCCCCGUCGACCAGGUCGCCAAUGACUUGAUUCGAGAAGUCCGUCUUUCAUCCUAUCAUCGUCAACAUGACCAGGCAAACCUGCACCGAGAAGCAUUUGACUCAAAGACAAAGUCACCAAUCACAGUGACAGCCACUUCUCUUCCUCACGAAAAUGAAGGCGAGGAAACCGAAGACGAAGACACUGCUCCGAUGAUACAUCUCAGUCCAGACACCCCCAGCGUCCCUUUGCGAAUAGUACACUCCACAUGCACCGAACUCUGCAGUGGCACAGCAAUCAUUCAAACAUGUCUCGACUACUUCACGCAGCAACUCCAACCACAAAGCUGCUCAGCUUCCUCCUCAUGCUCAGAUCUUCGAAACACCAAUACCACAAUCAUCAAUGAAAAGAUUCCAAUCACCAGUACCACUACCCCCACCGCCCCCAAGACAAAAACAAUGAAAAAACCAUCGUGGUCCUACCUUGGGCCCCGCCACACCUGGAGAUUUCACUUCCACAACCUUACCAAACAUGUCCUCCCCUUGACCUUUGCAGCCUUAUAUUUCCAACACGUCAAGAGAGAUAAAGUCAUGCUUCGAAAAGUGCGAGCCAUGAAGCGUGCCUUGCAGAAAGUCGACGAGGGCUUUCCUUAUUUUGGGAGCAGCACGUUUGUCUUUGUUGCUGAUCGUGGUAACCUAGGUGAGAAUGACCAGUUUGCCGACUUCACGGCGCAGGAAUACCUGCUUGUUAUCUGUCGGGGUGUGCAUCGGCAUCUGUUGCUGGGUGAGAAGUAAUGGGCUGGUCUUCAGAAAAGGUGGCAGUUUUCGACCGCUGAUGUCCCUCAUGUCAAAAUAGAUAGGUUUUCUCAUUGUCAAUCAGGAGUCCUUCGCAAAAAUCAUUACUGCAUUAGCCUCUCUGCCUCGUAUGAAGGAAGGACUUUUGGCGUUGAACCAUGCUGGAUUUUGUUUACCGG